AAAUAAGGAGUACCCGCAUACGCAGUGCGGUGAUGCCCUCAAGCAUACCUAUUGAACAAAUCAUGGUUUAUGGGUAUUUGAAAUUUAAAUAAGCAGAAGUUUCGAGGCGCGCGCAAAUCGCAUAUAAGAUAUAUAACUGACUGCACCUUUUGACCUUUUACACGUUCACUAAGUCUGUAAAGGUCGAUGUUAAUUUUUGCGGAAUAUCCACGUUCAUUAAAUAUACUCAACUGUAUCAUAUAAAAUUAUUAUCCACACUUUGCAGUACUUUAUACUUUGCACAGUAGUCAGUAGUGAGAAGAUGAUGCCGAUGCUUAUAAAAUAUAAAUGUACCGUAAGAUGAUCCGGUCAUCGUCAUCACUUAAAUAGUAUACGUCACAUCCGUCAGGUGGCUGCCGUCUGGUGUUGGAGUCGUAGGUCGUAGUCGACAAGGCAGUUUCCCCGUAUACUACGUGUGUGCAGUGUAAACAGAGUGUGGGUAACCCACACUUUUACAAAAUUGAAACAGUGGCGUUUAUUGUUAGACUGCACUGGCAUACCUACAUGGCUUGACGUCGGCUUCCAAGUUUUAUCUUUUUUUAUUUUCGUUUACGUCUAGAAUGUUUAUAUUUUAGUUUACGACAAAAUUUAACGUAAUAUGGUAUAUUUUAGCCAGUUAUUGUUGUAUAAUUGUUUUUACGUUUAGUAAUUGAGUUUUUCCAUUUAUAUUGGAUUCGCGAAGAAGGAUUACAAUAUAUAGGAGAACAAAAUACAGCGCACAGAAGAUAAAAAAGUAUAUAUUUUAAUUUUAAGAUGAGUCCAGUUAUUAAUAUUUUAUUCUCCCAUUGCCGGAGCAAUAUUUAUUUGAUUGUUGGUGUUUGCGUGGGUCUCAGUAUUAGUUUGCUUUUUGCCCCAAUCGAGAUAAAUGACUGUCAAGACUUGGAAGAAUCUCUCCCUUAUUCUAUAAGUAGUAAUGAAUUAAUUGACGAAUAUGAGCCAAAAAUAAAUAUCGAAGCUAAACCCCAAAAGGCUAAGAGAGUUCCAAAAGUAUUUGUUCGACCAAGGUACUACUCAACAGAGUUAGGAAUUCGUGACAAAUUAUUCAUUGGUGUGCUAACGAGUCCUGAGUACCUGCACAGCCGAGCAAUUGCCUUAAAUAAAACAGUCUCUCAUUUAGUGGAUAAAGUUCGAUACUUUAUUUCAAUACCUGAAGGAACAAAACCAAAUGUAUCAUUGCCAGGAAUAGUUGGAUUUACGGAUACAAGAAGUAUUUUGCAACCAUUUCAUGUACUGAAGUAUAUAACUGACAAUUAUUUAGAAGAUUACGACUAUUACUUUUUGGUAAAAGAUACUAGUUACAUUAAUGCCAGAAAAUUAACUGAGAUUGUCAAUCAAAUUAGUGUGAGCCAAGAUGUGCAUCUUGGUAUUGGCAGUGGUGAUGACGCAUAUUGCUCUCUAGAUGGCGGUAUAAUACUGAGUAAUUCUGUAAUAAAAAAAUUAAAAAAUAAUUUAGAUUGGUGCGUUAAAACAACAUUCUCUUCUUCUGAUGAUGUUAACAUUGGGAGAUGCAUAUUGCAUUCAGCAUCACUCCCUUGUACACACAAAGCUCAAGAACAGAUAUAUUUUUCAACAAAGUUGAAUGUUACAUUCGACUAUCAAAAUGACUUCAAAAAAUUAUGCGCCGAUGAGGACUUUCAGAAGUCCAUUACAAUAUAUCCUAUAUACGAUCAUUUGAUGAUUUACAAUAUAAAUACUCAUUUUGCAGAAAUGGAACUUCUUAAGGUGGAAAAAGAAAUAGACAGCUUGCGCAAACAGAUAGUAAAAACUACAAGUUUUACUCCAAAAAAUCAACAAGAUCUUAGUUGGCCAAUUGGUAAUCAACCAGGAAGCAAUGCUAUGAAUCGAUUUGAUAUCUUAAGAUGGACAUAUUUCAAUAUGACUCAUGUAUUUCUUGAUGAUGACUUUGGAACUGUAAAAGAGUUGAACGAUUAUCAAAAAGAAGAUGUCAACAAUGUUGUUAAUGUAACAGUUAAAAGAGUUGUUGAUAAUUAUAAUAAGCAAUUAAAAUUCAACAAGCUACUGAAUGGGUACUGGAAAUUUGACUCGUCCAGAGGAGUUGAUUAUAUACUUGAUCUCAGUUUUGCUACUGAUUCAGGAGUUGAAGUUAAUAAACGGAUAGAAGUAUGUAAGCCAUUAGGAAAAGUUGAAAUAUUACCCGUACCAUACGUUACAGAAAAUUCUCGGAUCAAUAUGAUUAUUGCUGUUGAUGCAUUCAAGAAAGAGGAAUGCAUGAAAUUCUUAGCACAUUAUGCAGAUACGUGCAUGGACAGAAAGGAUAAAGUCACACUGACAGUGGUUUUAUUGUACAAUCCUGGAUAUGCAUCAAAGGGAAACGAAGAUAUCUUUCAUGAAAUAAAAAAACGUGCCUUAUUUUUGACUGAGAAGUAUAAAAAAGAUCAGCUAAAAGUUACGUGGCUUUCAAUUCGGCUGCCCACUAUUUCCAGUUUUAUAGAAAUUGAACCACUUUUAAAAAUUGCUAUUGCCGAUUUGUAUGUCAAAAAGUUUUCUUCAGACAAUUUGAUAUUGUUUGCAGACACCAGAAUGGAGUUAAAAUCUGAGUAUUUAAAUAGGGUAAGUUUUUUCACAGUAGAAAAAUACAGACGAUUGCAAAAAGUACAUGAUCUAUCUUAUGACAAUUUAUUAUUUUCAAAUUUUAAUUCUUUUGCCAUGAAAUAUUUACAGGUACGGAUGAACACUAUCAGCCAAUGGCAAGUUUUUAGUCCAAUUCCUUUUGUACAAUAUAAUCCAGAUAUAAUUUAUUAUGAUGCAAGCGUUAAGCAUGUGGAUUUUGAUAUUAUUCAUAAUCAUGGACGAUAUGACGACUAUAAUUAUGACUCAGUAUCAUUUUACACAAAAGAUUAUAUGACAGUGCGAAAAUCUAUCGAAAAUCAAGUACCCUUGGUGCGAACUGACAAAGACAUCGCAAGUAUGUUACAGUUAUCACAAACUAUUUCUAUUGGCUCAAUUUUCGAAAUGUUCGUUGUCUUCAGCAAUUUGAAUACUUUUCGCGCUGUAGAACCUGCCUUAAAACUGAAAUAUAAAGAAAUUAAUUGUAUUGGCACAAGGAAUAACAUCACUCUUAAUACGUGUUUGAAGCAAAGAAAUCUUCAACUGGGAAAUCGUGGUCAGCUAACAAGACUGAUACUGGACUAUAAAGAUCAUCAAUAAUAUAUGCUUUCGACUUUUAUGUUGUUUAAGAAAGACCAAAUUAUGUUGUGAUAAGAUAAAUAAAUAAUCAAGUUCCUGUUGAAGUAUAAUAUACAAAAGCUGGGUAUCUACUGAAAAUAGUUUAAUGUAAAUAGAUUUUAAGUAAAGAUAUUCGAGAAUUCAA